AUGUCGAGCAGCAGCGAGGAGGAGGAAGAAGACGAGGAAGAAGACCAGCGAGAAGAAGAAUCGGAGGAAGAGGAGGAAGAAGAAGAAGAUUCGGAUUCGGAGUACCGUCAUUCCCAGGAUGAUGAUGAUGGUGAAAAUUUCAUCCGGGAACAAAACGUGAAAGCGUUGCGAGAUGGCCUUCCGCUCUCGAAAAUUCGAUACGCGUCGGUUCUGAGCAAUUUAAAACCUCCGGAACCAGACGAGGUUAUUUUGAAGAGACACUUUGCGCCGCUCGUUCCCGGUGGGGCGUUGCAAACGGCUGGGUUACAAAGAGCGAUUCUCGCUCGGAAAAUAUUCAUCCCGUUCGGAUCGAAGCUCAAAGUCGAGUUGCCGAGAAUUAUCCCGUCCGACGCGGAUGCGGAAGAUAUCGUGCUCCCAGAAGGCGUCGAAGAGUUGGUGUUGUGGCAAGACGAGGAUAAGGAAAGAGAAGAGGCGAAGAGUUCGUUACCUGCGGUGAAAGUGGAUAACAUGUUGACCAGGUGGUUGCGACCGCAUCAACGGGAAGGGGUAUCGUUUUUGUACGAGUGCGUGAUGGGUUUGCGCGGGUUUGAAGGCGCCGGUUGUAUCUUAGCCGACGAUAUGGGCUUAGGGAAGACGCUGCAAGCGAUUGCUUUGAUGUGGACUUUGUUGAACACGAGCAUCGAGGAAGAUCAAAAACCGACGGUGAAAAAAGUGGUCAUUGUCUGUCCGACGUCGUUGGUGGCGAACUGGGACGCGGAGUGCAUAAAAUGGUUGAAAGGGAAAGUGAAGACGACGCCGAUUUGCGGAGACUCGAGAGCGGACGCGGAAAGCGCGGUGAAGAUGUUCUUAGCGCCACAGUCCAGAUCGCAAGUCUUAAUUGUUUCCUACGAAACGUUUCGAAUAUAUCACGAACGAUUUACCACGGAAAGUUCGUGUCAGUUGGUCAUUUGCGACGAGGCGCACAGAUUGAAAAACGGCGAGACGUUGACGAACCAAGCUUUGGCCAAGAUGGCGUGUAAACGACGCAUCAUGCUUUCCGGAACGCCGAUGCAAAACCACUUGGACGAGUUUUAUAGCAUGGUGUCGUUUUGUAACCCUGGGAUUUUAGGCACGACGAAGGAGUUCGCGAAGAAAUACGAGCGACCAAUUUUAGCCGGGAGAGAACCAUACGCCACGGACGCCGAGUUGGCAAAAGCGAACGAACGAAACGAAAUGUUGAGCGUUAUCGUGAACAAGUUCAUCUUGAGAAGAACGAACACAAUUUUAUCCAAGCACUUACCCCCGAAAGUGAUUGAAAUCGUGUGUUGUAAGACGACGCCUCUGCAAAGAUCGAUUUACGAACACUUAUUGUCCGAGAAGGCGAGAAUCGCGCAGAAAACCGGGAAACAGAUGGACGUUUUGGCGUGCAUCACGGCUUUGAAAAAGCUGUGCAAUCACCCGAAAUUGAUUUUUGAUGCCAUUCGGGAAAAGAAGUACGCCGGGAAAACCGAUGGUGGGAACGCGAUCGACGAUAAUUUGACGCCGUAUUUCCACGGUUUGUACGACGGCGGCGGCUCGGGAAGAGGCGGUCGAGCGGGCGGGCAGAUGUGCGAAGGGUGGGAAUGGCACGGCGGAAAAUUCGCCGUUUUAGCUCGAUUAUUGCACCAGUUACGCACGGAAACGAGCGAUCGGAUCGUGAUUAUCUCCAACUACACGCAAACGCUAGAUUUGGUGGAAAUUUUGUGCCGUCAAAACAACUACCCGUCCUUGCGCUUGGACGGAGGAACGAGUAUUAACAAAAGACAGAAACUCGUCAACGCGUUCAACGAUUUGACGAACAACGAGUUUAUCUUUUUGCUCUCUUCCAAAGCUGGUGGGUGUGGUAUUAACUUAGUCGGUGGGAACCGUUUGGUGUUAUUUGACCCGGACUGGAACCCGGCGAACGAUAAGCAAGCCGCGGCGAGAUGUUGGCGAGACGGUCAAAAGAAAAAGUGCUACGAGUACCGAUUUCUUUCCUCGGGGACGAUCGAGGAGAAGGUGUUCCAAAGACAAUUGGCGAAGCAAGCGCUAACGAGCGUUGUCGAUGGGCGAGGAUCAGGUUUAGAGCAAAUGUCGAUGACGACGGAGGAUUUGCAGCAGUUGUUUUCUUUGGACGUGGAGUGUCCGAGCGAUACGCACAGAACGUGCGAUUGUACGCGAUGUCCCGACGUUCAUCGCAAGAUUGAAGAAAAUACGACGACGACGAUGAUGAAUCACAGCAGCAUUUCGAGCGAGGAUAACGCGAUUGGUGGUGGUGUGAACGACCCUUUACCGGAAGAAAAGCAAUUGGAGGACUUCGACGAAGCGAAACUGAACACUUGGGCGCACCAUUAUCGCAUGUCGCACGUCCCCGACGCGCAGUUACGCAAAGCUGCCGGCGAAGACGUGACGUUUGUUUUCUCGCUCGAAGUCGACGGCGCGAGGAUUGCAGAGAUGCAAGAAAGAGCGUUAGCGUUGGCGGAGAAGAAGAGGAAAGAGAAUCCUGUCGUUGCAAAUAAAGACAGAGAGGAAGAGGAGGAAGACGAUAGCGACAGCGAUAGCGACAGCGACGGUUCAUCAUCGCUAUCGUCAUCAUCGUCUCUUACAGACGACGAGAAAGAAGAAAGAGAAGAAGUAAACGAAGAAGAAGAAACAGUAACUGUCACGAAAAAGAAGGCGAAAGCGUUGAAAGACGUGAGCUCGAACGAAAUGGAAACACGCAUUGCGAUUACAAAAACUUUGACUGCCACCGAGAAGAAGAAAAAUACGCCGACUCCCUCCAGCGGUUGCGGAAGGCAAACGUCGUCAUCGGCCAAGCGCCACAAAGCAGCGAUUAGUGACGACGACGAAGACGACGAAGAGGAGGGCGAAGAGGAGGAAAAGAGCUAUGAUGCACACGAGGAACAACACGACAAAGAAGAAGAGGAACUCGCCCCUCCUCUAAAGAACGAGAAGACGAACGAGAAAAAAACGAUGACGAGGAAGAAUAUCCGCAAGUCAAAGGAUGAUCCAAAUACUUGCGUCAACUGUAACAAGAAAUCCGACAAGAAAGAAAUGGUCCCGUGCGCUGGUUGCGAGAGAAAAUUUCAUUGGUUUUGCAACGAUCCGCCGAUGAGUAAAAAGCCAACGAAAAGGAGUCAUCCAACGGGUUGGUUCUGCAAGGAUUGCAACGAAGACGGAGAGAAAGAAGAUGAAGAAGAAGAUAAAGAUAAAGAUAAAGAUGAUGACGAUGAAGAAGAAGAACUCGCUCUCACCGCGGAACCGGCGAAAAAAAGGAAAGUGUUAUCGGAUGAUAUGAUUAUCGUCUUGGACGACUCAGAGGAGGAGGAGGAGGAAGAAGAAUAUCGAGAAGAAUCUGAAUCUGAAGAAGAUGACGAUGAUCAAGUUCCCGACUCUGAAGACGACGAUUAA